UAUAGACCGGGAUAUUUUAGUAAUUUGAAAGUCCUUUAAACAAAGGUUCUCUUGUUUAUACUUCAUACCUAGAGUUCGUUAUUGGACAUAUCCACUAGGCUUUUGUUUUUAUGUGCUAAGAGAUAUGUUCGUCUCGAAAUGUCAAAAGACAACAUGAUUAUGUUUUCCUAUGAACUCUCAAGCUCUUCUCUCAUGGAAGUAAACAAAGAAGAGAUCCCACAAGUACAUAAUCUUUUUCAAUCCGAAGAAGAUGAAGAAGAUACUUCUUUAGGAAAGAGAAAGAUAAAUACGAAUAUUAAGACCGAAGAUGAAAGGGAAGUAAAGAGAAUAGCCUUCUUCUCUCAAGAACCUCUAGAAGAAGGAGAAGAAGAAGACAUUGAUAUGAUCGAAGAAGAUACAGAAAGAGAGGAUCAUAGAGAUGAUAACGACAAGAUCAUGGAAGAUAAUGUUCGUGAAGAAGAGUCUGUCGUUGACUUUGAUGGAUUCUUUUGAAACUUCUCUUCUCUAAGAUGGUCUCUACGUUGACUUUUUCGUUUCUUAAGAUCAUUUGCUUGAUUGCUUCUUUGUCAUGUAAAUAUAUUAUAUAUAUAUAUAUAUAU